GCGGCGGGGCGGGGCGACUAAUCGGUUGGCAGGGCCACCCGGAAUUGGUUGCUGGACUGGGCGCGAAGCUAUCUUCAGGUUUGGUCUCAGGUGCGCGGAAGUGAAGCGACGCGGAGAUGGAGGUGAGCCAAGCGGCGUCUGGUACCGACGGUGUCCGGGAACGGAGGGGCUCGUUCGAAGCUGGAAGGAGGAACCAAGAUGAGGCACCUCAGUCCGGGAUGAACGGGCUUCCGAAACACUCCUACUGGCUGGAUCUCUGGCUCUUCAUCCUUUUCGACCUGGCCUUGUUCGUCUUCGUGUACCUCUUGCCCUGACCGGUUUGCUGAGUCAAGAAUGGGGCUUCUGGAGUGAAUCUUGAAAACGACUAUAGACUCUUGAAUGAAGAGGACUUCCAGCAGCUGACUUCGGCACCUCUGUCUGACCUUCCCUUCAGCCCUUGGCCUCACUCAAGUAGCAUCAUAUGUUUAAAACCUGUUUUUAAUGGUUGAAGCAAUGAUUGUAGCUAAAUGAUAUAUAAUAUAUAUUUUUAAUAAUGUCUGUAACUUAAGUACUUAAGGGAAAUAAAUGUAUGU